UGAUUCAUACAAUUGAAGUUAUAAGUUUUAACAACAAAAUUAUUUACAAAGUAAUUAUGUCGUCGGUUGAACAAUUAUUAGAACAACUGGAGGAUUGUGCUACUUUGAUUAAAAAGGCUUUAAUAAAUCACAAAAAAGCCCCAAAAGCUAGAUUAACAAAGGGAUAUUUGAAAGUGAGAUCUCAAGUUGUAGAUGAUUAUUGGUCAACGUUUAAGGAUCUUCAUGGAUCUCUUCUAAAGUUAGUACCGCAACAGGAAAGGAAAACAUUACCAUACUUCGUAAAUGAAGAAUAUGACUUGUGCGAAGAACAAUACAUUUUGUUGAAGACAGAAUUAACGGAUUUGUUGGAAUCGAGUUCAAGUACUUCGACGGCCGUAGCGGAUUGUAAAGGAGAAGUGCAGUGGGUUGCGUCGGAAGCUAAAUUACCUAGAAUGGAUUUACCAACAUUUUCGGGUUGUUAUGAAAAUUGGCAAGUUUUUGAAGACUGUUUUAUAACAUUAAUACAUAAUAAUACCCAUCUAAAUAAUUUUCAAAAACUACAUUAUUUAAAAUUGUGUCUUACAGGCGAAGCUAGUGCUACAUUGAAGCAUUAUCAAACUACUGAUAACAAUUAUAUUCCAGCUUGGGAUACGCUCAAAAAACGUUAUAGUCAUAAACGACUGAUAUUAAAUUCAUAUUUAAAAAAGUUAUUUAUGCAAAAAAAGGUUCAAAUUCAGUCUUCAAGUCAGCUAAAAUCAUUUAUCGAUGUAACUAAAGAAUGUAUUAUUGGUUUAAAAAACAUAGGGAUUUGCACGGAGUCUUGGGAUCCAAUUUUGUUAUUUAUUUCGUCUCAAAAAUUAGACCACGAAACGCAUAAAGAAUGGGAAGAUUACGUUAGUUCAACUCUCAAUUUAACAUCUGAUGUAUUUCCCACUUUCAAUAAUUUGGUUACGUUCUUAGAAGGAAGAAUUCAUGCUUUAGAGUUAACAACGACAGGCAAUAGAACUUUAAAAGAACGCUCAUAUCAUGUCGCGAAUAUUAAUGAUAAAAUUUGUAUUUUUUGCAACAAAGAUAAUCAUAUUCUUAGUCAUUGUAAGGAAUACGGGAAACUACAACCGAAAGAACGCAGCGCCUUCGCAAAAUUAAAAGGUUUAUGUUAUAAUUGUUUAGUACCGGGCCAUACACUUAUAUAUUGUAAUCACAAGGCAUCGUGCAGAAUAUGUGGUAAACGACAUCAUUCCCUCCUUCAUGAACCUGGAAAGAAAAGCUUUACUCAAGAAGAAAAUCAAAACUCGACACAAUUAUCUUUGCAUACUAAUGUAGAAGAACAACAUGAAGAAGAUGAUAUUUUAGAAGAGGUCAAUAUUAGCGAUGCUACAAUAACUUCACACAUGGCUACACAACCAUCUACGGCGUUACUCGCAACUGCUAUUUUACCUGUCAAGGGGACGUCAGGACAAGUAUAUUAUUUACGUGCUCUGAUCGAUCAAGGCUCUCAGGCGACGUUUAUAAGUGAAAGAGCAGCUCAACACAUAAAGGCAAAAAGGUUGCCUGUCAAUGGAACAAUAUCAGGUGUUGGGUCCACAUUAACAAGAACAAAUCAUAUGAUUCAACUUGAACUUGGUUCAAGGUAUGAUGAUCAGCUUAAUCUGAAGGUUAAUGCGUAUGUUAUAUCUACCAGACUUACAACACAACUUCCAAAUAAGUUAAUACCAAUUGGUGAUUGGCCGCACAUUCAGGGCUUAAAUUUAGCAGAUCCAAGUUUCAAUAAGCCCGGGAAGAUAGAUUUAUUAUUGGGAGUCGAAGUUUACGCACAAAUUAUGCUAGGAGAAUUAAUUAAGGGUCCACCAAACACUCCUUGCGCUCAGAAUACAAUGUUAGGUUGGAUUAUAUUUGGAAAAACAAACACACAAUACGAAAACAAUAACGUUAUUUCUCUUCAUUGUCUAGAUGUCAAGAUAGAUGAAAUGAUGAAACUAUUGUGGGAACUAGAACCAACAACUAAACGUGAAUUAACACCUGAAGAACGACGCUGUGAAGAAAUUUAUUCAUCAACACAUUCGAGAACUAAAGAUGGAAGAUAUAUAGUGAAGUUGCCUUUGAAAAGAGACCCACCUAUGAUAAGUCAAGGGAGAACAAGAGAAAUAGCUUUAAAGAGACUAGAAUAUUUAGAGAAGCGCUUUGAAAAGAAUAAAGAGUUGAAGGAUGAUUAUGCUAAGGUGAUUCAAGAAUACCUCGAAUUGAAUCAUUUAGAAGAAGUUUCCGAGGACGAAAAAGAUAAUGCAGCUGUCUAUCUUCCACACCAUGCGGUCGUGAGAACAGACAAAGAUACUACUAAAACAAGAGUAGUUUUCGACGCGUCAUGUAAAGGUUUGAAUAAUGUGUCCCUUAACGACGACUUGAUGGUGGGACCGACAUUGCAAGAAGAUUUAAGGUACCUAAUUAUGCGUUGGAGAUUAAAACCAAUUUGUUUUGUUGCCGACAUAGAGAAAAUGUACAGAGCAGUUAUUGUUGAGCGUGGCCAUCAAGAUAAUCAAAGAAUACUGUGGCGCAAUAAUCCAAGUGAUGAGGUUCGAGACUAUAGACUGCUGCGAGUAACCUUUGGCACCGCAUCCGCACCAUUCUUGGCCAUUCGAACUUUGCAUCAGAUGAUUUGAUUUCUGGACGAGACACGGUGGACGAAGCUGUAGAUUCUGCAAACAAAAUAACACAAAUAUUAAAUAAUGGUGGCUUUUUGAUCAAGAAGUGGUCAUCAAACAGUGAAUCGUUUUUACAACAAUUGAAACCACUUCAAAUUAAUUCUGAAACAAAUAUAGAUAUAAAAACUGAAGGAAUAAUUAAAACCUUGGGACUUACCUGGAAUCGGAUCCACGAUGAAUUAAGAUAUCAAUUAAAAUUUAAAACUACACCUGAAAAACUAACUAAAAGGAUAAUAUUAGCCGAAGCACAAAAACUAUUCGAUCCUCUUGGCUUUUUGGCUCCGACAAUAAUUCCUGCAAAAAUAAUUAUCCAAAAACUCUGGGUUCAAGGCGUUGCUUGGGACGAAGAGACAUCACCUGAAAUAAAAAAGGAAUGGUUAAU